CCACUUUGUCAGGGGGCGCACUAGUACACGCGGCCGCUGAAUCCCGGUGGCUCUCGGGUUUCUCUUUAGUUGUAAAUAGAAACCGAUUUACCGAUUAUAAUCAAUUUGCGUGAUAAUUAAAGAACGAAACUCAUCAGCGAGAUGUAUGAAAGUACUCGCGUGUCGCCGCGAGUAUUCACGGCGAUACAAAAUGUUGAUAUUCAGGAGCUGUCAAUGUGCUCGCACAAGGAUAUUAGACCCAUCUUGCCGUGUUUGGUUAGAAUGAGUCUUAUCUCGCCGCUUGAUAUAACGAAGGAAUGUGUGGAGGGUAGGAAGCAGGUUCUCACGAUACUGUCAGGCAUUGAGUCCGUCAAUUCUAUCAUUGCUCUCUUAUCCAUCGAUUUCCAUGCGCUCGAAACCGAUGUUCGACAGGAGCAGCAGUUGAGACAAAAGCUUGGCAGUGUGCAGCGAGACAGUGUACUUGCCCAGUCUCUAUCAAGUGGCCUGGCUUUGGAGUUUGAACGCAGCGAGUCCAUUCGCAGGAUCAGACUGGUGCUCAGCGAGAUCCUGUUUAUAGCGUCUCAGAUACAGGAGCUGCAAAAGAAUCAGGAGUUUCAAAUCAAGCAGUCGGAUUUAUUCGAUAAUGCAGUCUACAUGGAAGAAAUAAGUUAUGUCAUCUGCAUAGCACUCGCUGAAUUGCCAACAUUGCUGUCCAUCCUCGACAUUGCAGAGACUCUAUUGCACGUCAAGCAUGGUCCAGAUAUCAUCUGCUGGAUUGUCGCCAACAGUCCAGACAGUUUUUCAGAAGUGUGUGCGCACUUAAUAGCUAAUGGAGAGCGACAAGAAGAAUCUGCUUUAGGUAGAAUCAGAACGCAAGCCAUCACGAUGCUCUGCCAGAUGAAUCCAAGUCAAGCUUUGGCGAUCAGGGCGAAAUGUGUGGAACUAUGCAGGAUGCCUGCCCUGGCUAUCACUCUGAGUCUAGAACACGAGAAUGCAAACAGCUCGCAGCCCGAGAGCGAUGUCGUUGCCUUCGUGUCCGGCUUGCUACUAGGUAGCGAUCAGCAAGUGCGUUCGUGGAUUGCUAUGUUCAUCCGGAAUGGCCAGAAACGCAAAUGGGAGUCUCAAACGGCCUUGCAGGCAUUGCGGGAGGAAUUGCUCAAGCGAUUGCAGACAAUCGUUUCUCAAAGCACAGACAGUCAAUUGGCGGAGUCGCAAGUCGUUCAAGCGAGCGCCUUGUUGAGACUUUACUGCGCUCUGAGAGGCAUCGGCGGCAUCAAGUUUCAGGAUGACGAAGUGGCGAUGAUUGUACAACUGUUAACGUCACAUCCGCCGCCGUCGCCAGCUGGGGUCAGGUUCGUCUCCCUCGGUUUGUGCAUGCUGAUAGCCUGUCCCUCGUUGAUCGGACAUCAUAAUCUGGAGAAACGCAGCAUCGAGUGGGUCCAGUGGCUGGUACGUGAGGAGGCGUAUUUUGAGAGCGCAAGCGGCGUUACCGCCAUUGGCGAGAUGCUGCUGCUAAUGGCGAUACACUUCCACAGCAAUCAGCUGUCGGCGAUCUGCGAGUUGGUCUGCGCCACUCUUGGCAUGAAGAUACCCAUCAGGCCGAACAAUCUUACGCGGAUCAAACAGAUCUUUAUGCAGGAAAUCUUCACCGAGCAGGUGGUCACAGCUCACGCUGUUAAGGUACCGGUUACGGCGAAUCUGAACGCUAACAUCCCUGGAUUUCUGCCGGUUCACUGUAUUCAUCAGCUGUUGAAGUCCCGGGCCUUCGCCAAACAUCGGGUGCCCAUCAAGAAUUGGAUAUAUCGGCAAAUAUGCGCGAGCGUUCCGCCGCUGCACCCGGUUCUACCUGCCCUGGUGGAGGUCUACGUGAAUUCCAUCCUAGUGACGAACAACAAAACGUCCGAGCACACGAACAAGCCUAUCACUGAGAACGAAAUCCGCCGGGUGUUUCAGAACAGCGUGUUCGGGGCGAACUUUGACUUCAAGAAGAAUUCUGUCAUGCAGAUGGACGACAGUAUGGACAUGGAUACCUCGAAACCCUCGCUCACGUCUCAGUUACUGCUGUUGUACUAUCUUUUGCUGUACGAGGACGUGAGACUGUCCAACAUGCACAUCUUCAUAUCGCAAGGCAAAAAGCUCAAGUCGUAUUCGACGGAAUUUUUAUCCGAAUUACCGAUCAAGUAUCUGUUGCAACUCGUUCAACGGGAUCAGAUGAACUACGCUAGUCUGUUUUCGCCACUUCUUCGACUAUUGGCCACUCAUUUCCCGCAUCUGUCCCUGGUGGACGACUGGCUUGACGACGAGAUGAUCAACAUCGAUUCUGCCAUCGCAAGUUAUGAAAACACGAAAAUCACCGACAUCGCGAUCGUCGAGGCCUUCGGCCACGUUAAAACUUGUCCUUCCAGGACCGGAAGAUUACUUAGACAAUUGAUGUCGAUGAAGCCGACUGAAAUCUGGCCUCACGCUGAACUGAUUAUACAUUAUUUUAAAGAUAUUCUUGACGAACAAGUUCCUAGAUAUAUACAAGAACUGUACAAACAAGUGUGGCUCAGGCUUAAUACAGUAUUACCACGCUGUUUAUGGGUUCUUUCUAUAAAUGCGUUAUUGAUAGAAAAUUUAAUAGUAAAAAAUGUUUUCUUAACACAAGACAAUAUUGUAUUGGACCCGUUGCAAGUAUUGAGAUGUGACACGAGAGUUUUCAGAUGUGCGCCGAUUUUAUCUGUGAUUCUUAGAAUUUUGCAAGCCACAUUGGCCGCGUCGCGGUCUCAGUUAUCCAGACAUAUGCAAGACAAGCCUUUGACCGAAAAAAUCGGCCAAUUGACGAGUGAAGUGGAGAGAGAGGAUUUGAGAAUAGCUUUGGUGACUGGUCAGGAAAGUGCGGCGGUGCAAAUUUUAUUGGAAGCAUGUCUGGUAACUCCAGAGGACAAGGCUAUUCCUGGACAAAUGUGGUCGCUCCGAGAAAUACGGAGUGUCGUAUGCUCGUACUUACAUCAAGUAUUCAUAGCCGAUCCGUCUCUGGCCAAAUUGGUUCACUUUCAGGGAUAUCCACGGGAAUUAUUGCCGAUCACUGUUUCCGGGAUUCCAUCCAUGCACAUAUGUCUCGAUUGGAUUCCGGAAUUGUUGUCGCAGCCCGAGCCGGAAAAACAAGUUUUUGCGGUCGACUUGGCUUCGCAUCUAGCGAUUCAAUACGCUCUACCGAAGGCAUUGAGCGUUUGCCGACUAGCGAUCAACACUCUGAUAACACUGUUAGGUGUGUUAUCCGCCAAGGAUCGAUUCAUUCUUUUCAUGCCAGUGUUAGAGUCGUUGACGCGGAUAUGCCUGGCAUUUCCUCCGUUGGCUGAGGACACUACGGGUUUAUUGCUUCAACUUGGCAGAGUCAGUUCGGCACAGGCGGCCUUGGGCGACCGAAUGACGAACUUGUUGUGUCAAGAGGUGAACGCGACAUUUUGUACUCUGCUGCAGAAGGCCAUACUGCAAUCGCGAGUUUACUAAAACGCAAUUUAAUGUAAUAAUAAUCCUACAAAAUUGUUAACUUAGUUUCGAGAAUUCUAAUAUAUAUUAUGUUUAAUAUAAA